AUGUCAUCAUCCAAACCCACCAGCGACGCGAAGGACGCAGAAUCUGCAGCAGCUGAAAUAACGUCGGUUUCAGGUUCCUCAGAUUCUAAAGCACCCCAAGGAACACCAUCAGCAUCAACGCCAUUGUCAGCAGCAGCAGCAGCAGCAGCAGCACCAUCGGAUGCCAACCAACCCAAAGUAGAAGUAACUGUUCCAUCUCCAUCUCCAUCUCCUUCACGCAAAGUCAAGGUUCACUUUGUUCCCGUUGGCUCUGCUCCCAUUCUAAAAAAGACCAAGUUUCAAAUCAGUGCCGACCAACGGUUUGCGGCCGUGCACACCUUUUUGCGCAAGUUGCUCAAGAUGAAUCAUACUGGCAGUACUACUACCAACUAUGGAAAUUCCUCAGCAGCAGUGCCUCCACCACUCUUUUUGUAUUUGACGAGCGCCUUUUGUCCCAGCCUCGAAGAAAUUGUGGGAGAGUUGGACGAAUGUUUUUCCAAACGGGGGGAAUUGGUCGUGCAUUACAGUUUGCAAGAAGCAUGGGGAUAG